ACAAACAGCGUCCGCAUUUAUUUUGAGUUUCUUCUUAGCAAAGGCAGACGUGAUAUAGGUUUUAAAUUACACUGAAUCAAAAUAUGUUGUCUAACGCUUGGCUGCAUCAAAACCUGCUGGCAAGUGAUGAUGCGGCCUAAGAUAAAGUGCUUGUCUAGAAAAUGCCUAUUCACUGUCGGCUUGAAGGUGUGCAAAAUGAACAUCACACUGGUCUGUCUAAUGUUGAUAGUUUCUACGGGGAUGUCACACCUAGAGGAGAGAGCACGGACAUAUUGUGGUCGAGCCCUAGUCUAUGCGUUGUCCAUUUCCUGUGAGAGAGCCAAGGCUGAGCCACCGAUGUUUAUGCCGAGACCUUGGCCAACUACACUCACUCAAUCUGGGUCGAAAUUACAUGAGGAAGAGGUGGAAUUGGUUGAUGAGGUUGAAGUGGAAGAACAAGAACCCCGGAGCAGCAUAGUCGAGGUGUGCUGUGAGAAACCGUGCUUCAUAAGCGAGCUAUUAGCCUUCUGCCAAUAGUGAUCUUCGUUUCCCAGUUUGUUCCCUACUCCUCGAUGAACCGCCGUCACGCUGUCCAUUAUAUACUUAAAUAUAUAGUGGACAUGAAUGCUGUAUCAUGUAUAUCUAUACUAAUAAAUAAAAUUGGAGUGUCUGUCUGUAAUAUUUGUAGUCUAGUUUGUAGUCUGUAGUUCAAAUAACCAUAUGAGCUUAAUAUGAGGUAGUUAUUUCGAAAU